AACUAAACCGGUCUUACGGUGUGACAGACAGCAGACAGUUUUUUUUUCUCUCUCGUCGUUGUGACUGUGCGACACAUUUUCUCCGUCUGAUAUCGUAUCUGACCUCUGACCACGAUGUUUCUCACGCACAGAGCGCCACCGGGUCUAUAAGAGCCCCACGGACCAGAUUUACACCGCAGACACCUCAGACACACGCGGCUCGCCAUGGCUCAGAAGACAGUCCUGAUCGUUUACGCCCACCAGAGUCCGGGUUCGUUUAACGCGGCGGUGCGUGACGCGGCGAUGGAGGAGCUGAAGGAGCAGGGAUACAGCGUCCUCGUGUCCGACCUGUACGCCAUGAACUUCAGAGCCAACGCCACGCAGGAUGACAUCAUCGGUGACCUCAAGAAUCCGGAGCUCUUCCAGUACGGAGAGGAGACGAUGCACGCCUGGAUGGAGGGUCACCUCAGUGAAGACAUCGCCGCCGAGCAGAAGAAAGUGGAGGCGGCAGAGCUGAUCAUCUUCCAGUUUCCUCUGUACUGGUUCAGUGUUCCUGCCAUCAUGAAGGGCUGGAUUGAUCGAGUCCUGACUCAGGGCUUCGCUUUCUCCCUCGAGAAGAUGUACAACAACGGGAUAUUCAAGGAUAAGAAAGCAAUGUUGUCUUUCACUACGGGAGCCACGCAGACGAUGUUCAGACCCGACGGCAUCAACGGAGACAUCAACGUCACGCUGUGGCCGCUUCAGAACGGGACGCUGCAUUUCUGCGGCUUUCAGGUUCUGGCUCCUCAGAUCUUCUGGAGUCCGACUCACUGCCCUCCCUCCGUGCGAACCGCCAUGUUGGACGGGUGGCGAGCGCGGCUGAAAGGCCUGCUGGGAGAGAAACCUUUGACCUUCGCCCCCUGUGAGCUCUUUGACCUCAGCUUUCAGGGGGGGUUCCUGCUGUGGCCGAAGGUGAGGGAGGAGAGAGAGUCGCAGCCGUACGGCCUCACCACGGGACACCACCUGGGCAAACCGCUGCCCCCCGACAACCAGAUCACCGCUCAGUCCGCCGUAGAAAGUAGUGCCAAUGCAGACUGCAGGAAGUAGGACCGUCCCAUCCAUCAUGUGCCUGUAAACCUGCUCACUUUUAUACUGAAAUAUAAGGUUUUAUGUUUACUGAAACUAAAUAAAACUUUACCUGCU